UGACUUUGACAGGACGGAAAUUGUUGUUGGCGAAGGUGAAAUUUUUAUGUUUACUGUGAAUUUGGCUUACGCUUUGAUUUCAUUAUCUAUUUAAAGUUUCAUUGAUUGCUUUUAUUUUGGAAACCCACGUGCUGUAGAGGCUUAGAAAUGGUGGUGUUUACUUGUGGACACUGUGGAGAGUCUGUCCAGAAGCCGAAAGUUGAGAAACAUUACCUUACAAAAUGUAGAAACCGUAACCCUAAUUUGUCAUGUAUGGACUGUUUCAAGGACUUUCUGGGCACAGACUACGAAAGUCACACUAAAUGUAUUACUGAAGAGGAACGCUACUCUGGAAAGGGCUUUAUGGCAAAGGAGAAAAAAGGUGAAAAGAAACAAACUGCUUGGGUGGAGAUGGUGCAGUCUGUCCUUGAUGAGCAGAAGAAUUUAACUGGUAAUGUGCGCAGAAUCAUUGAGACAGUAAGCAAGCAUAAUAACACACCUCGCAAGAAGCCAAAAUUUGUUAAUUUUGUUAAGAAUGUUUGCGGACAUAAAACAAAUGUUAGCGACAUUGAUCAAGCUUGGGACUUAAUAUCUGUUAAACUGUCGGAGUUAUCUAAUGCACAAAAUAAAAAUCAAAACCAGAAAAAAGCUACUGCUGUUACCAAUGGUGACACCAAGGUUGAAAAGCAGAACGGUAUUACAGAAGCAGAUACAACUAAAGAAGAGGAUAAAGUAGAAAAUGGGGUACAUGAAGUAGAAAAUGGAGAACAUAAAGAAGAAAAUGAAGAAGUGAAGCCACCUGAAGGCGAGAAGAAAAUGUCCAAAAAACAGAGGAAAGAAGAAAAGAAAAGGCAAAAAUAUGAAGCAGAAUUGCAAAGUGCAGUAGCUGCACCUGUUGAAGAAGAGGAAGAGAGUCAGUCUAAGAAGGAUAAGAAGAAGAAGAAGAAUAGGACUGAAUCUCAGAAUGGAAGUGUAGAUGAAAAUGUUGUUGGAGAAGGCAAAGGGAAGAAAAAACGCAAACGCCAAGACACUGCCAAUAGUGUUCCUGAGGUGAUUGAAAAUGGUAAUAUUGAGAAUGUUGAAAACGAGCCUGUUAUAAAAGAAAAAUCUCAGAAAAAGAAACUCAAAGUGGGGCAAGUAGAACCUCUAGAUGAGAGUGUUUGUCUUCAUGACCAAAAUGUAGCUCUUGGUGAAGAGGAGGCACCAUUGAAAAAUGGCAAGUUUGACUGGCAUGCUGUCAUUUUGUCUGUCCUCGAAAAAAAAGGCAAUGAGGUUCCCUUCAAACGCUUGCAAAAGAAAGUUCUAUCUGAAUUUUCUGAGAUGACUGGCCAAGAUGUUGAUGAUAGGAUUGCUGAUAAGUUUAUAAAGAAAUUGAAGAGUGCGCCAAAUGUAAGGGUAGACAAAAACAGGGUUCUUCUGCUGCAAUAAUUAUACUUGUCACGAGGGAUUGACAUUUUAUUAUUUUUAACUGUCCAUUGCAGAUUUUCCUGUUUUAUGUUAUUUUUUUUUUAAUUUGUGCCUAGUUCACUAUACAAGGUAGCCAAUACAAAAUUCAUUAGCUUCUAAGUGCAUAAACUAAUGUUUUGGUUAUCGUGAUCAUAAUUUUCUGGAUUUUAUCUGUGCUUUGAGUAUUUUUAAUUAUUCAAAUCGAUGGUACAUGACUAAAAGUUUAGAAAUUAGAGUGUGACAUAGUCAUUUUGUAAUGCCUUUACAUAUUUUGUGCUGGGACACAAUGAAAAUAAAAUGGAUUAAAUAUUUCUCUCAAUAUUUCCAUUCUCUAAUAUCUUCCAUAACGAUAAAUGUUUCAGAUAAAUUGGCAUAAUAUUUAAAGAAAUCUAUUAGAAAAUAGUGUUUUAUAUCCAUCUAGAACAUGUAGAAAUCUACGUCAAAAUUUUGUAUACUUGUAAAUCUUGUGUCUAUUGAGUUUGUCAUAUGAAUAAAUUGUGAAUGUCCA